AUUUACAUUUUACAAUAAUAUUCACCAAUGUAGAAGCUGGCACAUUUCACAAUUGGGGAUUAGUUUUUCGUUGAACUAAAAGAAACUGAUUUUAUUCAGUUGAUUACUGUGUAAUAAUGAUAUAGAUGAAAGAGGUUUGAAAAAGAAUGGAAAGAAUCAUACGUCUUGUUAGAUUUCCAACUAUCCUACAAGAAAUCUAUUCACAAAAUAACAAAUAAACAAGUUUUCUUCUAACUAUCAUCUCAGCAAAAAGAAAGGAGAGCUAAUUAAUCAUGAAAUUUAAAUUCACUCUCCUUACAUCAUGGACACUAUUGCCAAAGUCCAUACCAGAUACUGACUGUGAAGAUGACGAAGCGAUAUUAUUUGCACAAUAUUUAACUGAAUACACAGAGAAUAAAUAUGAUCUAAAUGUAUUUUGGCCAAGACAACGUGGUGAAGCAUUUCUGCAUAAUUCAUUCAAUUCAUUUGAAGAGAGAUUUUUAACACAUUCUGAAUAUGCGUUACUGAUUGUAUCUGGUCAAAAUGCGUCAUGUUUAGAUUAUAUUUAUCCAAGAUUUCUUGUAUUUUUCACAGCAAAAAAAUCAUGGGCUGAGAGAAUUUUAAUAAUUUUUUUAAAGCAACCAGCAUGUUUACUAAAUUUCGAUCUAAGUUUAUUGAAACAUCCACCAAUUUUAUUCAAUGAUGAUUCAACGAAUCAAUGGAUUAAUGAUCAAGAAUCUUGGUUGAAAAUAGGAGAACUGAUAAAACAUAGAUAUAUUCCGUCAAUUAAUGGCGAUUUAUCAAGACAUCUACUUACACCCACAGAAUAUUACAUUAGUCGAUGGAUGUCUGUCACGGAUCUACGUGGACAACCAUUAGCUGUAAGAAUAACCCGUACUGGUCAAAGCGACUCGGCACCAGCUAGCUGGCAUGAUCUCAGUGAUAUUGAACCAAUCAACGGAAUGAAACAUGUUUUAGACCCGAUAUAUCCUAUUGGACAACGUCUAAGCCAAUCAGCAUCCGUAUUUGAACAUUCACCCACACAAUCUCGUGACAGUACGCCUAAUCUACACUUACAUGUGAACAAUUUUAAUCGUAUUAGAAGCUUUAGUUCAAGAUGUUUUACACGAAAACAUCAAUAUUACAAUACAGUAUUUGGAUUAGAUCCUUGUUGGCCAACUUUGUCUGGAAAUCAAUUAAACGUUAUUAACAAUUAUAGUGGAGUUAAAUGUCAAAUUGACGAAACAUCACAUUAUGAAAAUUUAUUGGAAAAACGUAGUAAACAUAACGUUGAAAUCGAUCCUAUUUAUAAAGCAAGUCAAAUGUGUAUUCCGCAAAAACAGUCGAAAAUUAAAUCGUGUGAAUUUUUAAAUGAAUCGAUAUUGUCUUGUAAAUUAUCAAAUCGUAUUCAUAAAUCAACCGGUAUUAUAAAUGAUGGCUCAGAGUACAGUAAUGUCAUUACACCAAAUCAUACAAUGAAAUAUUGUCAAAGAAAGAUUAAAUUGUCACCUAAUAAACAUUUCAUAUUCAAAGAACCACAUCAUAUCUGUAUAUCAUCAAAAAAGUUAAUAAAGCUAUUUAAAUUCAAACGUAAAAAAAAUACUCAUUCUAUUUGUGAGAAAUUUGGAACACAGUCACAAUUAGAACUAGCUAAAGCUGUAAAAACAUUAUCUGAUGUUGGACAAAGUUUAGUUGAACAUUCAGGAGAUAGUGUAAGUAAUCUGAACAUGCUUGAAAUUCAACAGCAACAACAACCAUCGUGUUCAUACAGAACUACUGAUAAAUUAAAUCUUAGUUGUUUAAGUAACCAUGCAGAUGCGAAGGAACACCGUGUCAAACAUACAAACAAUGAUGAUGUUUAUCACCAGUCAAAAUGCUCACAAAUCACACCGAUUCAAUCAGUGGACUUCUCUGAUUCCGGAUUAUGGAGUAUGAGUCAAAUGGCUACUGAAGAUUGUACUAAUUCACUACAACAACAUCAUACAUCAUGUUCAGAGAGUUCAGUAUUCGGUUAUUUCACUAAUCAUAACAAUAAUGAUUGUAAUAAUAGUGAUCAAACAAAUGAGAUACGAUUACAGCAACCAAUCACAACUCCAAUAACUGCAUCAAAAUUUGCAGAGAUAAAACUAUCACCAUGGUCAUCGUUAAAAAUAAAAGAUGGUCAACAGAGUAAAGAAUUUAAAUUAGAAAAAUCAAAUCAAACUACUGAUGCUACUACUACUAUUGAUAAUAAUACUAAUACCAAUACUACAACUAAUAUAUCAAAUGAACAUGGAUUAACUUGUACUGAUAAUAUUCCUUUGAACCAAAAAGCCGGUAUGGAAAACGAUACAUUAUUAUUAUUAAAUUGUAAUUCUGAACAAUUCGUUAAAGAUCAACUAUCAAAUCCUUCAGUUAGUAAUGUAAACAAAUUUGGAACGAAUGAAGCUUUAAAAUUAUUUAAUAAUGAUGAUAAUAACAAUGUAACUCAUGACUUAAAUGGUCCUAUGAAAAACCAAAUGUCUUGUACUUUCAAUUUGGAGCCUUUUAGUUCAAAUUCAACCUCUUUCGAAGAGAGUAAAAAUGAUGAUGAAUCAUUACACUCUCAUAUUUCGAAAUUGAAACAAAAUUAUCCUCAAGAGAAUUCUAUUUCGUCAACUUAUCUUUCGAAAGUACAUAAUAAUAAUACUAAUAGUAACAACGCAUCCGCUACAAUCGGUAAAGAUUUUAUACAACUUUCGACUUUUCAACAAAAUUCACUAAUUUCGCCGAUUGUGCAAAAUAAUAGUAUGUUGACGGAGUAUAGUUUACCUUGUAGAAUAUCUACAACAUGUGAUGUACUUCAGAUACAUCCUACUACAAAAAUAUAUGAUUUAAAUAAUAAACCUGAAAAUGAUUUAUCCACAGUGAAAGUUACUGAUUGUAAACGAUCUAUUGGUACUCAUUUAGUAAACAAUAAUGAUAGUUUAAAGAUAGGUCCCCUUCAACUAAAUCAAGAUAUCAAAGGAAUUAUGACAGACCCUACAUUAGAACAACAAAAUCCCUACUCUAGUGAAUCAACUCCGUUGAAUACAAAUCAAACAAUAAAGAUCGAUUCACAAAUAGACAUUAACGUUAAUUGUUCCGAAGAUUCAUUAUUAAUUAGUGUAGAAUGUGAGAAUAAUUCAACAUUUAAUUCAGAUAUUAAACAAAAUAUGAAUUCCUGUGUCAUGACCAACAUACAAACUUUAACAAACUCGCUGAUGGAAUUAGAAUGUACAACUCACUUGCCACUAUCAUUGAGUACUGAUACAUCUGCAGAUAAUCAUUAUUUAAAUAAAAGUUUCAGUCAGUCACUGGACAGUAAUGCGGAAAACCUUGAAUACCUUAACGUUGUUACUGACCAUCAAACUAAUCAGCUACAAUUUAAAAAUGUAUGUUUGCCAAAGCAACUCAAUGAACAAUUAACAACUAUGCCAAUUAUUGAGGACAUCACAGAACUAUCUUCCGCUCAAGCUUCAACAUUAUUCAAGCAACAAAAGAGGGAUCCAUUAAUUACUCCCGAUCAUGCACAUGAUGUACGCAUAGAUGAACGAUUGAGUAUCGGUUCACCUAAUGGGUCCAUCAGUGACCAAUUAGAGAAUAAUCAAUCAGUGCCUUCGACCCAAGUGAAACAAAUCUCCUCAUCAAAUACGGAAACAUCACAUGAAGAUAUGAAACCAUUAUACUUGAAAUCAGAUUUGAGUAACACACGAAACUUGGACGAUUAUUUGUUGGAUAAUUCACGUCAAAAUUGGACAUUAGCAUUAUCAAGUGAGCUUACCAAUAAGAUAGAUAAUUCAUCGAAAAGGAAAUAUGAUUUUGAUCAACUAACUAAAGAAAUGUCAAAUGACAGUGAAAAACUAUCCACUGAUCUUGAAAUCAGCAAAUUAUCAACUGAGGAAAAGGUUUCUUCAGAUGAAAUAAGUCAGUCGUUGACAUUUUUACAACUUCAUAGUGAAAGCGUAGAAGUUUCAUGUAAUAAGUUUCAUACACCUACUAAAUGUCACAACAGAGAGUUUUACAUGAAUGAUGAGGAUAUUUCCAGUGAUGUCAGCUCCACCAAAGUUGAUCAUUUGCAAGAUCAACAUGAUCAGCUGACUAAUAGUGAGGAACCAUUUGUGGAUAGUACCGCUUUAUCGAUAUCUUCAAACGUUAAUAUAUAUCAUACGGAAGGAACGAAUUUCUAUGUUAUUGAACCGUUAAAUGAGAAUACCACAAUCGAUUCGACAAACGUAACUCGGUUAACAGAAAAAUUAUCAAUUAGCUCUAAUAGUCUCAAUAAUAAUGACCUGGAUGCCGAUGCUCAUUUCAAAAAAGUUGUCAUUAAAACAGAGAAUGAUUCUAUUGACUGUCGGGUUAAGGAUCUUUUACAAAGGUGCUCAUUAGAGGACAUAAAUACUUUGUCAACUAUAAUUCACAUAGUAAGAUCUUCAUCCAUACAAUCACUACAAGCAACUGAUGAAAAUUUACUUUUGGCCAAAGUUGACCAUUUGCAAUAUCCACAUAAUCAGCUGACUAAUAGUGAGCAGUCAUUUAUGAAUACUACCGCUGAAUCAUUAUCUUCAAAUGUAAACAAAUAUUGUACAGAUGGAACGAGUAUCAGUGUUAUCGAGCCUCCAAGUGGAAAUCCCUCAAUCGAUAUGGAGAAAUUAAUUCAACCAACAGCAGAAUCUCUGAAUAAUCUUAGUAUUCAUAAUAACAAUACAUUCAAUAUUGACACUCGAUUCGAGUUUACUAGUCAGUUGGAUGUGGUUUGUAAAGAUGAACUUAUUGAAGAUAACAAUGCACGUACAAUUCCAUUGCUCACAGCUUAUAAAGAAGAGGUCUGUGGUACGAUGCAUGGUAUCAAUUCGCAUUCAAAAACGGUUGAUUCACUAGGGAUUGAAAGCUAUUCAUUAUCUAGAUCACACGAAAGAAAUGCUGAUGACGAUAACGAUUAUAUGGCUAGUGAUGCUAAUAUUAUUACUAUUACUACUACUACUACUACUAACGAUAAUAAUAAUACUCCAAGUGCUGCUCCUAAUGAUGACACCGUACCAUAUAAUUCAACUAUAUCUCUCACAUUUACCGAUAAAAGAAAUAUCCUGUUAUCUAGUGAUAUUUCAGAUAACAACAGUUUACCUACUCCACCACCUGGUCGAGAUAAUGAACAUUUAGAUUAUUCUAAUACCACAAAAAAUUCAACGAAUAUUUCAUUCAAUAAUUCCUUGGAGUUAGAUUUCAACCCAACAAUAAGUAAACUGAAUUAUUUAAUGCAAUAUGAAUAUGAAUUUACCGAUAAUGAUAAUAAUAUUUAUUGGAUUGAUCCUGGUAGUUUAAACAAAGAUAUUAAAACUAUAGCACAACCAAUGAGAUCAAUUGUAAUUGGUAACUCUUUAGAACAGCCAGAAGGUACAUCGAGUAUUUAUAAUACACCAUCACAACAGUUAUCAGUAGUACCAACAACAUCAGCGGCAACAACAGCAAUACAAAAUCCGAUUCCUCCAGUCAAUGAAAUUUAUAUUGAUGAAGACUAUAUUAGUCAUUUAUCAUUAGAUGACAAAAAUAAGAAAGGUAUUCUGGGACCUAAGAUUGAUAAAGGUAAUGAAGAACAAAAAUCAAAUCAGCGUUUUAAAUUCUCUUCAGGAGCUUACAGUCUUUUUACUUCAUUUUUCAAUUUGGGACUGCAAUUGAUCAGUCUCUUAUUGGCAUAUGUACAACCUGUGCGGAUUGCCCCGAUAUUGCCUUAAGUCACAAGCUUUUUAGGCAAAUAUGAGUAGUGGCUAGUAGUGGAAUGCAGGACACGCGUUUCGUCCUAUCUCGGACUGGUCAGCUGGAUGUACCUGCAUCCCACAGUUGAUGUUCACUCUAGGACUCAAACCCCAUACCGUACGCUUCGAACGCCAUCGCGUUAUCCACUUAGCUACUGGUAACAUUACAUCCUUUGUAUUGCGUCAUUGAUUAUUUCAACUCUUUCCAAAGCUUGAUAGCAUCAUUGUCAUUUUUCUUCAAUUCAUAACUGACUGGUUUCAAUUCAUAUCUUUCUUUAUUACCAUUAAUCUGUUUACAGCUGUUUCACUACACAAUCAUCUAAUGCUUGUUAACUCUAUGAGUUCUAAUCAAUAUUUCAGUGUUCGGGAACUUUCCCUCUCAAACUUAAUUUAUUUAUCCGAAAGAAAAAAAGAUUUAUGAGCUUAUUAACUCGAUUAGAAUCUUCUCUACAUCAUAAUACAUAUAUUCAUCUUGAAUCACCCUCAUAUUUAUAAGUAUCUCAAUAUCUGUAAUCACUUUGAUAUUAAAAUGUUAUAGGUUUGAAAGCAGCUGAUGAGAACCUAACGAAACAAAAUGUUCUUACUCUCUUUAUGAUAAUCAAGGGAACUAUAUAUGAAAUUCGAGUUUUUUGUUUCAUAGGAAUGAAUGAUAAUACAAAGGAGUAAUUCAUUUAUAUUCGGAGAAUUUAAAAUUCAGACACACCCAUCAUCAAAUGUUAUUUUACAUAAUUCAGUUCGGAAACUAGUAGAAAUUGGGGAUAAUUAUAUCAUUGACAAAGAUUUUGAAAUAACUAUUUCUAUGUAUAUGGAAAUAUCAAUAUGAACUAAAAUUCUUACCAUAUUCUCAGUGGGACAUGACAAUGCACCAAACUGAGUUCAGGACCUUCAUUAUCUUAGUCUUUACUCUAUACAUUUUCGUUAUCAUCGUGAAUACAAUGACGAAUAUUUUAUGUUUUUGAUGUAUAUAGAUUCCUAAUUCCAAGCCGAUUGAUAAUUUACAAGUCGAAUAUUCCCAUUAGUGAAUUAGUUAAUAGUUAGAUAAUCGUUCUAUAACAAGAAGUAUUCUUCGUCCUAGUAAAGAAUAUACCAAUGUCUGUGCGCAAUCACUUACUAACCUGAAUCACAUACACUAUACAUUUUAUGAAUAAAUAAAAACAGUCAAGUUGGGCUAUCGCCGUACGUGCACAUUCUAUUCGUCGUGCCUGAUUGAAUGUAUUUAACGAAACCAAAGAAAACGUUAUCAGUUUAAUAACACCAAAGUUUUAGGCUUUAUUUACAAAGCUAUAUCGUUAAACUUAAACUGAGAUGGAUAGUGGGAUCUAGAAAGCGCGUUCCGCCCCGUAUGGGACUCGUCAGCUGGAUUUACUUGCACCACAUAGUUGGUGCAUAACUCGAACUCAACACCAUUCACUUCAAACACCAUCAGGUGGUCUACUUAGCUAAUGAAUUCAGAUAGCUGCAGGGUUGUGCAAAGGGUAACUUUUAACUCGUAUAUAUUGGUUGUUUGGGUCUUUCACUGAUGUUCAAGAACUCAAAUGAUCAGUUUCUGUUUAUCAAAUCCUUAUGACUUAAGGGCAGUAAAGAAGGGAAUCUCACAGGACGCAUGUUCUCCUAAAGAGACAGAUCAAUUGUAGUCCCAAACAUAAAUAAGAAAAUCCAAAAAACCAAUAAAUAUAUAUACAUUACCGUUAUCAUUAAGAAUAUAUAUAUAUUUAUUUAUUUAU